CGAGCAUCCGAUGAAUGGCACUAUUUGUAAAUUCAACAGAGGUCAUGGGUUUUUCCGCUCCGAACUCUAUCACAUCCUCAUCCUCAUAUAAGAAAAUCGCUCUCAUGGAAGAGCGAGCUGAGAUAUGGGGAGAACUCCAAAAGGCUUCUUUUCUUUAUUUUAUUUUAUUUUUUAGUAUUUGAUAACUUGAUCGGAAACGAAGCAAGUAGCGGCGGCGGAGAGAGAUUUUCCAGCGAAUGGCGGAGGUGGAGACGGCGCAGGAUUACCUGCAGGCUGUGGUAAACUUCUUGUGGCAGCCGAAUGAGUUCUCUUAUCAGCAUGUUUGGCCGCCGAUGGAAUUUGGAUGGAGGAUUAUCUUGGGGUCGUUGAUUGGAUUCUUUGGAGCUGCUUUUGGAAGUGUGGGAGGAGUGGGUGGUGGUGGGAUUUUUGUUCCCAUGCUCACUCUUAUCAUCGGAUUUGAUCCCAAAUCUUCUACGGCCAUUUCUAAAUUUAUGAUCAUGGGAGCAGCAGGAUCAACUGUAUACUAUAAUCUCAAGCUUCGUCAUCCGACCAUAGAUAUGCCCAUCAUCGACUAUCAUUUCGCUCUUCUGUUUCAGCCGAGGCUUAUUUAUGGAAUUAGCAUUGGAGUUGCCUUCAAUGUUCUAUUUGCUGAUUGGAUGGUGACUGUUCUCCUUAUUAUAUUGUUUAUAGGAACAUCAACCAAGGCUUUCAUGAAAGGGGUAGAAACUUGGAAAAAGGAGACAAUAAUGAAGAAGGAAGCUGCCAAGCAAGCCAAUGCAACUGGAGAAGACUACAAGCCCCUACCUGCUGGACCAGGUGGCACUGCUACCAAGUUGCUGAUUAAAGAGACUAGAAAAGCAGAGGUUUCAGUCACAGAGAAUGUUUGCUGGAAGGAACUUGGCCUUCUAGUUGUUGUUUGGAUUGUAUUCCUUGUUCUUCAAGUUGCAAAGGAAUACACUGUAACCUGCUCAAAAUUGUACUGGCUCUUGAAUUUGCUACAGGUCCCAGUCUCUGUAGGGGUGACUUUAUAUGAAGCCAUUAGCUUGUACAAAGGAAAGAGAGUAAUUGCAUCGAAAGGAGCCGAAGGAGCAGAUUGGAAACUAAUCAAGCUCUUCAUGUACUGCUUGGUCGGUAUUCUCGCUGGUGUGGUUGGUGGACUGCUUGGUCUUGGUGGAGGGUUCAUUCUCGGCCCUCUCUUCCUGGAACUUGGAAUUCCUCCUCAGGUUUCAAGUGCUACAGCAACCUUUGCCAUGACAUUCUCCUCUUCUAUGUCUGUUGUAGAGUACUAUCUCCUCAAGCGAUUCCCAGUCCCAUAUGCCCUUUAUUUCGCUUUCGUUGCUACGAUAGCUGCCUUCAUUGGCCAGCAUGCAGUGAGGAAGCUGAUCAACAUACUUGGAAGGGCAUCUCUUAUUAUCUUUAUUCUGGCUUUCACCAUCUUUGUUAGUGCAAUCUCACUGGGCGGAGUUGGCAUCUCAAACAUGAUCCAGAAGAUUCAUGAGAGUGAGUACAUGGGAUUUGAUAACCUAUGCAUGUAUGACCCCUAGAAGGGAAUUAAGAUUAGCUUGCUCUAAUUCAUGAUAUUAGGGUCUAAAUGGCCUUUUUCUUUGUUCUUAGUUUUCUUUUCUUUUCUUAUUGCUGUAUUAUUUUUGCAUUCUAUAGUUCAAUAAAGCCUUUU